AUGUUAGAGCUGAUAACAUCUUCGAAAGCCCUAAGUUUGGAGUGCCUUGUUACAUUGAGGAUAAGAGAAUGUGAAAGGAUAAGAGUAGUUGCAAGUGACGGAGAUGAAACGUCAUACGAGAUUGUUUUCAUAGCGCUGAAACGUUUGGAGCUUCAUUGUUUACAAAGCCUCACGAGCUUUUGUUUAAGGAAUUACACCUUAAGGUUUCCCUCCUUGGAACAAGUUACUUUGAGCCAGUGCCCUAGAAUGAAGAACUUCAAUCAAGGAGAGCUAACCACACCAAAGCUGCAAAAAGUGCAAUUUACACAAACAGAUUUUAGGGGGCGUUGGGCUGGUGAUCUUAAUGCUACCGUGGAGCAAUUAUACCAAGAGCUGUUGUCAGAGUUUCCGGAGUUGGUAGACAUAUGGAGUAGAAAUCCUCAAGAAAUGUUGGAUUUUACAACUCUUGUAUUUCUGGAGAUUUGUGAUUCCAACAAUUUGAGAUACAUUUUUAACCUCUCAAUGACUUUUGGCUUGGGGCAACUCCAGCAAUUGGAAAUCAAGAGAUGCGGUAAUUUGGAACAAGUCAUCAAAGAAGAGGGUUCAAUUACAAUGGUUGAGGAAGUAGUAACAGAUAAUAGCAAGAUCAUUAGCAUAUUCCCUUGUCUACGAUUCAUUAUAGUGGAGUCUUGUCCAGUACGUGGCGUGCGGUGGGGCGCGGAGGGUUACGAAGGUGCCCUGGAGGUCAUACAUGGGAGCAACGGCACGCCUAGCAGCUAG